AUGACUCAGAGAAAUGGAAUCAGAGGGACGAGCGAUCGCUGCCUCCACUCGGAGGCCGCCGUGGUUGGCGAGCGGGCCAAAGGUAUGGAGCGGGAGAAGGUUCCAGAGGACUGUGAAUCCGAGGACGGAGGACGAGGAAGCUCCGUGGCUGUAACGGGAGUUGUCGAAGCUCCAGAUGGCGGUUGGGGCUGGGUGGUGCUGGUUGCCACCAUCAUGGUCCUGGCUUUGACCCUGGCAUUCCCUUCCUGUGUGGGAAUCUUCUACACCGACCUGCAGAAUGAGUUCCACGCCACAAACAGCGAAACCUCCUGGGUGCCCUCCAUCAUGACGUCGGUGCUUCACGCGGGAGGUCCCUUUUGUAGCGUGUUGGUGGAGAAACUUGGUUGCCGAGCGACUGUCAUGUUGGGCGGAGUCCUGAGUGGGCUCGGGAUGGCUGCCAGUUCGUUUACCCAGUCCAUCGGCGAGCUCUACAUCACAGCUGGGGUUAUUACAGGUCUUGGUUUCUGCUUCAGCUUUCAACCCGCUGUUACGAUCCUCGGGCACUACUUUGUGCGCCGCCGUGCGUUUGCCAACGCCAUAUCCUCCACAGGCACAGCGCUGGGACUGUGUACUCUGCCCGUCCUGGGCAACUACCUCCACACAGAGCUGGGCUGGAGGGGCAGUUUCCUCGUUUUGGGGGCUGUCCUGCUUAACUGCUGCGUGUGCGGCGCAGUGAUGAGGCCCCUCCAGCCCCCCAAGCAUCGAGGCCAGCCGCUGAUGAACCACGGACCCCCUCCGCCAGAAGAGGAAGGUGUUAAGAAGAAAAAAAGCUGGCCAAGAACGAUAUGGAACUUCCUGGUGGCGUCCAUGAGCAAACACAUGGCCUUUGAUCAGUUCCUCAACAACUCACGUUACUGUGUGUACUCUAUAGGCAUCACCUGGAUGAUGCUUGGGUUUGUGGUUCCCUUGGUGUAUCUGGUUCCCUACGCCACAGCAAACAAGAUGGAGCAGGGCCGCGCUGCACUGCUGCUCUCCAUCCUGGGCAUUGUCAACAUCGUGGUGCGGCCGCCGUUUGGCAUCAUCUUCAACAUGCCCUGGUUCAAAGGGCGACACAUCUAUGUAUUUUCCUCAGCUCUGCUGGUCAACGGGCUCAGUAACAGUAUCUGCUGCAUUGGGCCCAGCUUUAACGUACUGAUCACUUACGUGGUCGUCUACGGGCUGUCCAUGAGCGUGGUGGGCUCCCUGAUGUUCACCGUCCUCAUGGAUAUAGUGGAGAUGAGCCGUUUCCCCUCAGCUCUGGGCCUGCUUGCUAUCAUGGAGAGCAUCACACUGCUCAUUGGGCCUCCACUGGCAGGAGUCCUGGUGGACAGGACAGGCCAGUACUUCCACGUCUUCUUUGCCUGCAGUGCCGUCGUUGCCUCAUCCGCCGUGUUCCUCAUUGUGUCUUUUUACUGGCUGGACAAAAGGGACAGGAAGUGGUCACAGCAGGGGCAACCAUCCGCACUGCCUGAAACAGCGAGACCUGCUCUGGACAUAGUUCCCGGCUGUCAGUACAGCAGUGUACCCACAGAGGUAGACAGAGACAAGGCAUCGGCUAAUGGGGCGGAGUAUAUCACCAGCGUCUGAACCCUGCGUACACUGUGUCGCCCUCAGCACGCUUCACACUCUGGGUCAGAUUGCCCUGCAGAUUAUUUUCUAAUGUUUGUGCCAGCUUGCUUGGUGCGCCAGAUGUUGCAAAGUUUGCUUUUCUGUGGUUGAAUGUCACUUCAGCCUGCCUGGUCUGCAUCUGGAACGCCAUAAAAGUCUAAACAAACACUAUGAAUGAUUUGCACUGUUUGACCACGGUUGGACACUUGAUCUUACGUACCAAAAUUAACAGAUGUGCACUUACAACUACAAUGUGAUUGUACUGUUUCUUGUAAAAUGCUGCUGAUCUUAUAUAUGUGAUCACACAAUCUUAUCAUACAAGCCAAGAGACACACAUGAAUCUUUGUUUGUAGAAAUCACUCAAGAUGCUUUCAGGAUGUUUGCUGGAGUUUAUUGGUGUAUUAGAAUAUGAGCUUACAGACACAAAGAGUGGGUCUGAGUAGGUAUCAGAGAGUGAUACAGUAGCCAGAGUGGUUGAAAUCAAAAUAACAAGCAAAUUUAGCAUUAAUAUCAAUGAGUGAAAUAAACGGGUGAGGAAAUGGGUGAGAAAAAAGCAAGUAGAAAAGUUAAAGGACCAGUGUGUAGGAUUUAGUGACAUCUAGUGGUGAAGUUACAGAUUGCAACCAUUUGAGUACAGCUCAGCCUUACGUAGCGAUUGCCUGUUCUGGGCUACUGUAGAUAGUGGAGAUCAUACACUAAUAAAAACACAUUAUAUUCCAGUUCUGCCAAUAGAUCCUCUUAAAAGUUGCACACUGGAACUUUAAACUAAGGAUAAUGUUGUUGUUCUAUUUUUUUUAUUUUCAACAAAUCUAAAAAAAAAGACCAAAACCAUCAAUGUGUUAGCAUUUGUGGAAUAACACAAGAAGUUCCCAUCAUGCAAAGUGCAGACGGCAGACCACACAUGGCAGCUUCCCUUCUGGGGAAGCUGCCAUUCUUCAGACGGAUAUUUUUCUGUCACUAAUUUUCAUGACUGUAGCUGUGAUGAAAGACAAUCUUUAAUCCUGCUUAAAGAAAUAAAGAAAUAUCCAUCAUUUAACACAACACCAGACCGAUAUGAAGUGAAUCAGAGGUCUGGAACCAGGCUUAAUAAUCGCAGCCUUAAAAAAACAGUCUUAAUUCCUGUUUACACUGGCUGCGCUUCAAAACGAGACCGGCACAGGGCCAGUUUGUGCCAGUUGAACCUGGUUUACGCUCCAGUUCAGCAGCUUGUACCGUUUGUACAUAAACAAAAUACAGCAGCAUCGUAAACAAUACCGACUAAUAAACUCAUAUUUCAGAGGGUUUUUAGUGGCUAAAUCGAUAUGUUAAAGGUACCGUCUCUGCAAACACUUCACACAUCUACACUAUGUGCUGCCGUUUGAUUGUCAGCAGAUUGAGUUUCAGCUGCUGCCUGCAACCUAUUUAGGGGAGUUGUAACAGAAAGUGAUGCACUGGCAGCCGUUGAGUUACAACUUUUUUGAGAUUAAAUACAAGCACUUACAUUUGGGUGCUUGCCAAUAUGAGUACUUAAUAAUUCCAUUACAGUUCUAACAGUGACUUCCCCAGUGAAUUUUAGACUGUAACAAAUUAAACGUUGUGCUAAUGUUGUUGUAAAUGUUAGUUAAAAUAUCAAACUACUACAUUGCUUGCACACCCAGUGGUCUCUACUGAAGACCUAAAUCUUUGAAAACAGCUUAUAAAUAUGUAGCUUUUAUCAAACGUUACUCAAACAGGAGAAAAUAGUGUAUUAGUUAGGGACUAUUUUCAGCUGCGGAUUAAUCCACAUUUGCUGCUCUAGUGAGUAUUUACAGCCUGUUUCAGUAUUUCAAAAUAAAGUGUGUUUGUAGUAAAGAAGAAAGGAUUUUUUUGGAGCUCUAUGGCAGAGGAAGAACAUAUAUUCGACUUUAUAUACAUUGUUGGUUUUGGUCUUUUCGUGGGAUUUUCGAGAAUAAGAAAAAUCACUGGAAUUAUUCUUUAAAUAAUAUAAUAAUCUUCCUCAUCUUUAAUUGUCAAUAACUUGUGAAGGCAUUAAACCCAACACGCUGAGCAUAUUUUGUGUUAUUGAGUAUGGGUCGCUUUAGAUCAUUGAAGGCAUAUAUAUUGUUCUUCACUCACUGUCAGAUGUUAGAAAUCGUACUGUAGUAGCAGUAAUGAAUCAUGUUUUUGUGUUUUCGCCAGCUUUUCACUCCUUAAAGGAACAGUGCCUUUUUAUAUAGAUAUAUAUAACUGGUGUGUUUCUACACACAACCACAGGAUGAAUAUCACACCGAUGAUUUCACGUUGAAUGUCAGCUUAAAACUAAAACAAUCAUUUCACGAGAGGAGCAGACUGGAGGAGUCUCACAUGUUCAAAACAGACACGUUUAUGACACUGAGUUUACCUUCAUGUGACAGACUUCAGAUCAGUGAGACUAUAAUCACACCACCUGCACAGGUUUGAACAAAGCUAUUUUAUGUCACAUGUGACUGAAAGAUUAAAUACACAUUUCAGGUAUGAGCUGUAUUGCAGUAAUCAAAAGUGUAACCAGCGAUCAGAGGAUUUAUUAGUCAUUUUUUUAAAGGCUUGUCUUGCUUUGGGCCAAAUUAUACCUUUAUUAUAGAUUCUUUAUUUAUACAUUGUGAUCGGGGGAAAAAUAAUAAAAUGAGUUUUAAAGUUGC